GGGCUGAUGACCAAUCUCUCCUUUCUCAAACGUUUUUCAACCUCUUAUCGAUCAGAUUCUCUCUCUCUCUCUCCUUCUUCUUCUCUCUCUCUCUCUAGUUGAUUUUUAUUAUUUUUUUAUUUAAAUCACAGAAUUCCUAAGUAGAAUUUCCCUGAUUUUGAAUCCCUCACCUAAUAUUUCCUUUUCUUCAAAAUCUGCCCCUCGUUUUUCAACGUCGAAACGGCGCCGUUUACCGUCUUUGGAUUCUUUGGCGUGUAUUUCUUCUCUAGUUGAUCGUUUUCAAUUUGAGGCCUGAAAUUCAAUUCAAUGCUCUUUUCUUAUUUGCGAUUUUGGUGUUGUAAUUUGAAGGCACGAGCUUUUUUGAUGGUAAAACUCCAUUGAAUUUUCCCCUGAGAACUCCCAAGUUUCUGGAGUCUGUUUCAACAUGUAUCAUGCCAAAAAGUUUUCGACUGUGAGUUUGGUGCCACAUAAAGGUCAAAGUUCAGAACAACCUGAAAAUUCCGGGGGUUUGAGUAGCUCUGCAGUGAAAAAUUCAACACCUGCUGGAGGAAGUGGAAAGCAACGGCUGCGAUGGACUUCAGAUCUUCAUGACCGUUUUGUGGAUGCCAUUACACAACUUGGUGGACCAGAUAGAGCAACUCCAAAAGGAGUUCUUAGAGUGAUGGGUGUACCUGGACUAACCAUUUAUCACGUGAAAAGCCAUUUACAGAAGUAUCGCCUUGCAAAGUACCUGCCAGAAUCUCCAGCUGAUGGUAAAGGUUCUAAAGAUGAGAAGAAAGGGUCUGGAGACAGUCUUUCCGGGUCGGAUUCUUCACCGGGGGUGCAAAUUAAUGAGGCAUUCAAGAUGCAAAUGGAAGUCCAGAAGCGUCUUCAUGAACAGCUUGAGGUUCAAAGACAGCUGCAAAUGAGAAUAGAAGCUCAGGGAAAGUACUUGCAAAAGAUCAUUGAGGAGCAGCAGAAACUUGGUGGUGUUCUCAAGGCCUCAGAGUUGUUGCCAUUGGCGGAGGAUGAUAAGACGGAGCCAUCUCAGUCGGAUACACCAGCUGAUGCCUCUGCUGGUGAAUCCUCUCCCCGAAAGAAACAAAAAACGGAUGAUGGAUUGCCAGAUGGUGGCACCUCCUCUGCCCCACUACCAAAAGCCGACCAGAAGAAUGAGUUUGUUGGUCAAUGGGAUCGGGACUUGUACGGAAAUGAAGCUGGAUUUGGAUUCGACUUGGAAACAGAGUCUAAGGAAAGAGAAGAUGGCGGCAGAGUGCAGAAAGUGUCACUUGAACUAGGUCCAUUAUGUGAUUCAAAAUAGCAAUAGCAGUGUCAGUAGUCUAUGAUGAUGUUUGUAGCAACAGAGUGUAAACCAUGCUGGGUAUAUCUCUAUACAUUUGAUCGCCAUUUAUAGUUGUUACAUAUAUAUAUAUAUAUAUGUAUAUAUAUAUAUAUAUAUGUAGAUUUGUAUAUAGUAUAUUCUCUAAGUGGUAAUGUAGUCUCCAGGAACCUUAGCUCUAGCAGAUCGAUCAUACAUACGCGCUUAUUAAGUUUUGACACCCAUCAUCUAUUCAUUUCUCGGUUGUUUGAAUCCUUAUAAAGAGAACUAGCUUCAAAACAAACAUCUCCACGUGUAGCUGUAUUGUUAGUGUUCUUUUGGAAUUGGAUUAUACUCUAAAAUAGUAUUUU